GAAGGAUUCGGUUUGUCUUGUUGAAUUGUUGUCCUCAAGCAAUUUUGAAUUUGGAUUUAACAUUUCGAUUCUCAUUGCUUACAUGCCUUAAUAUGGUUCUUUCGUUAUCAGUCAACCGACAUAUUCGACUAUAUGUCUUGCUCAAUUUUAUUUACGCUAAGAAAUGAGUUAAUUCUCUUUGUUUGCCCACUGAUUAGAACUUAAUAUGAUUUGUAAUUAUUAAAUAAAUGCUUUACUGACCAAAUCUUCUUUUGUCAUCCAUAAAUUUUUGCGUUUUAAUGUACUCAUAAUACUCAAAAAUAUGUCCUCACCAAUUCCUGGAGGAUCUAUGGAUCCUCAAACUCAGCUUAAUACUUACCAUUCUUAUGUAACUAUGCUAGGUGAUAGAAAUGCCAAAGAUGAAAGUAAGUUGCAAGCAGCCCAAGAACUCACUGAAAAUUUUGAGGUAAUAUUAACAUCUCCACAAUAUCCUGCUUUCCUUGAUCAUGCACUCAAGUCAUUUAUGAAAAUCCUGCAAGAAGGAGAACCUUACUUUGUUUCUGAGUACAGUGCAAAUCAAGUUCGUAAGCUUAUUUUGGAAAUGAUAUAUAGAAUUCCGACGAACAAAUAUUUAAAACCAUACGUAGAACAGUUACUCACAGUUACUCUUAAGCUGCUAGAAAGGGAAAAUGAACAAACAGUUUUAGUAUGCUUAAGAAUAAUAAUUGAGUUGCAUAAACAUUACCGCCCUGCAUUUAAUAGUGAGAUUCAACGAUUUUUGCAGUUUGUUCGAUCUAUUUAUAAAGAUCUCCCAGAUCAUAUGAACAAAAUAUUUGAACCUAAAAGUCCAAUAAGAGUGAAAGAUCUUAGUGAAAUUAAUGUUGAAGCUCUUUUAACAGAAACAUACACUAUGACCCCAAUUCAGUGCAUCAAGAAAAAUCCUGAUGGUUCCAUUAGUAAAAAAACAUAUAAUCUCGUCCCUAAAGGAAUAUAUUCCUUAAAAGUCCUUCAGGAACUUCCAAUUAUUGUAGUUUUGAUGUAUGAAUUGUACAAAGAAAAUGUUCGCCAAGAAGUUGAUGACUACAUACCAAUAAUAAUUAAAACCAUCACAUUACAACCAUUAAAACAACAUAGAAUGAAUCCUGCUUUUAAUAAAGAAGUUUUUGUUGAUUUCAUGGGUGCUCAGAUUAAGACCCUUUCACUUUUGGCAUAUAUUAUCCGAAUAUAUGAAGAAGUCGUUGGUAAAUAUUCUCAACAAAUGGUUGAGGGUAUGCUAGGAAUGUUAGCUCUUUGUCCAAUGGAAGUGACUCACUUAAGAAAAGAACUCUUGAUUGCUGCUAGGCACAUUUUAGCCACUAAAUUAAAACUGAUAUUUGUACCAUAUAUGGAAAGACUGUUUGAUGAAGAAGUUCUUCUUGGAAGAGGAUGGACCACUCACGAAUCUUUAAGGCCUUUAGCAUACAGCACACUUGCUGAUUUGGUACAUCAUGUUAGACAACAGUUACCCAUGUCUGAUCUUGUCAAAGCUGUACAUUUAUUCUCAAAAAAUGUCCACGAUGAAACAUUACCUACCACAAUACAAACUAUAUCUUGUAAGUUACUGCUCAAUCUUGUUGAAUGUAUAAAGCAGCAAAGCGAAAAAGAUCCUUCACAAGCACAGACAGGACAAGAUCUUCUCAUGAGAAUGCUGGAAGUGUUUGUUGUUAAGUUUAAAACUAUUGCAAAACUACAACUACCAGUUUUAAUUGCAAAAAGCAAGCAAAGUGAAGUUCAAAAGCAAGUUGUGCAAGCUGCUGCUGCAUCGGUUACAGCUCCUGGAGCGUCUUCUCUUUUACAAGUGAAGAAGGAAGAACCUGAACUUGAUACAAAAGUUGAAGAAAAAGAGCCUACCAAAUGUAAAUUUGGUUUCCCUACAUCACAAGCUAAUGCUUAUACUGUUAGUGACUGUAGAGGUCUAGUUAAAACCUUAGUGUGUGGAGUAAAGACCAUAACAUGGCGGUUUAAGCUGAAAUGGAAGGAAACUCAAGUUUUUAUAAGAUUAGUGAAAUGGGCUCUACAAGCGCUUGAUAUAUACACACUGAGUAUGGCGCCAACUACCUCACUUAGUGUCAGUGCUGCUGGGCAAAGGCCAGCUGCUCAGCAAACUGUUAGAACAAAAGAAGAAAAAGAAGUCUUAGAACAUUUCUGUGGAGUGUUUUCUGUAAUGGAUGCUCAAACAUUCCGUGAAAUAUUUUCUACUACAAUAGAGUACAUGGUUGAGAGGAUUGCGACAAACUUUGCUCUGCAAAUCGUAGGAAAUUCCUUUCUGUCAAACCCUGGCACUUCCCCUAUAUUCGCAACUGUUUUAGUGGAAUAUCUUCUGGGAAGAAUGGAGGAAAUGGGCAAUGGAAAUAUGGAAAGGAGUAACCUCUAUUUGAAGUUGUUCAAACUUGUUUUUGGAAGUGUUUCACUGUUUGCGGCUGAGAACGAACACAUGCUCCGUCCUCAUCUACAUCAAAUUGUUAAUAGGUCCAUGGAAUUGGCUAUGACAGCCAAAGAACCUUAUAACUAUUUUCUACUUCUGCGAACUUUGUUUCGUUCAAUAGGUGGAGGGAAUCACGAUCUUCUCUACCAGGAAUUCUUACCACUUCUACCUAAUCUACUUCAAGGUCUUAAUAGCUUACAAUCAGGUCUUCACAAACAACUCAUGAAAGAUUUGUUUGUUGAACUUUGUUUGACAGUUCCGGUUAGGCUAAGCUCUCUUCUACCAUAUUUGCCAAUGUUGAUGGACCCAUUGGUAUCUGCGUUGAAUGGUUCCCAUACUCUAAUAUCUCAGGGGCUUAGAACUUUAGAGCUCUGUGUAGAUAACUUACAACCUGAUUUCUUGUAUGAACAUAUACAACCAGUUCGUGCAGAUCUUAUGCAGGCUCUUUGGAGAUCCCUUAGGAACCCUUCUGAUCAAGUUGCUCAUGUAGCCUUUAGAGUUUUAGGCAAAUUCGGAGGUGGAAAUCGUAAAAUGAUGAUUGAGCCUCAGAAACUUGAAUAUUGCACAACUGACACUCCUGGACCAUGUGUUGUUAUACCGUUCCCUGAACAUUUUAAGCGAGUGUACCAUCCUGUUGUUAAAAUAAUUGAAACAGCUGUUUCUAUCUUAAAACCUGGCAAUGCAGAAAUUUAUUAUCGAAGAAUGGCAUGGGGCGUCAUUAAAGAUUAUAUUUUGGCUUCAAUGAAGUUUGAUGAUGAUAGAGCUAUAUUAUUGAAGUUUUUAAAUUAUCCUGGAUUGAAAACAAUUCAGGAUAAUGUUGGGCAAGGCCAGCCAUAUAAAUGUCCUGAUGCCCAAGCUAGACAAGCUCAAGUGAAUGCACUGACUGGAAUGUUUUAUGCUUUCAUUGUCAAAGAUAUCAAUGAAGAUGUUCAACCUAUUUUUGAAGCAGUUGUCAGGCAUUACACUAUAAUAUCUAUUGCUCAACAGUCAGGUGCUUUUACUUCAUCCCAAGAGCAAAACUGUUUGGAUCCCUUAGUUAUUGUCGACGCCCUUGCUAUUGUGAUGGGCCAUGAAGAAAAAGAAUUGUGUAAACCUGCCAAAAUGAUGCUGGGAUUUGUUCUAAGAACAGCAGAAACAAUUCUCGGUUCUAAAGAUACUGCUUGUCGACUUCCUAUAAUGGAAUAUGUUGCUGAACGAAUGUGCUCCUUAUGUUAUGAUAGAGCAUGGUAUACUAAAUUAGGAGGCUGUUUAGCUAUAAUGUAUCUUUAUGAAUCUAUGUCGAUACGUUGGGUAUAUUUACAUAUGUAUGUGUUCGUCAAAGCACAACUGUUUGUGAUGAUGGAUCUAACAGGAGAGGUAUCGAGUGGAGCUAUUGAUCAAGCUAAAUCCAAUCUCGAAGCUCUGAUAAGAAUGUGUGCACCUAUUCUAGAAUUUAAUUGUGAUCUUGAACUCCAGAACAUUCAAGCUAAGGCCCUAAGUGAUGUUUCGUUCGAAUUGAUUCGACAAGUAACGAGUCCGACUGAUCUUAUUCGAGAACAAUCAAUGCAUCUGCUCCGUGUUUUCGCCGAGGUUCAAAACAAGAGUGUUGUCGAAGUUAUGGAACCGCACAAAGAUGUGUUGGCAGACAUGAUUCCUCCGAAAAAGCAUCUUCUGAGGCAUCAGGCUGCCAAUGCUCAGAUAGGAUUGAUGGAAGGAAAUACAUUUUGUACUACUCUUACUCCACGACUUUUCACAAUAGAUCUUAAAGUAAUGGAGCAUAAAGUAUUUUUCCACGAAGUAUUGUCAUUAUGCGAAGCUCAAGACCAAGCCCUUAUGAAAAUGCCUUGUUAUAAAAACAUAGGAUCGUUGGUUCCCUUGAGGAAAGCGGCUAUGAGAGCUCUUGCUGCUUGUCACUACAUACCCGGUUGCUCUGAAAAAAUAUUUAACACCUUGUAUCAAUCCUUAGACCGGCCAAAUCAAGAACUUCAAGAAGCGGCCUUUCAAUGCAUGAAGACAUUUGUUUCAGGCACCCAGAUUGAUAUGAAUGUUGUUCAUGAGGUGAUGAGGCCGUUGUUGUCAACGCUAGGCGAUUAUCGUAAUCUGAAUUUGAUUGGUUCUCGACGGCUCUCGUAUCUCGUCCAAUUAUUUCCUACAAGCUUCAAUGAAAAAUUGUGUGAGCAACUCUUACAACAUCUUCAAAAUUUAUUAGAAACAAUGCAUACUCAGCAAAAAGGAAUUACCAAGAAUGGCGAUGCAGAAAAAAUAGUUGUAACUAUUAUUAACAUUUUCCAUCAGAUACCAGCUGCUGGUUCACGAUUUAUUGAGCCAUUGAGUCAAUUAGUUCUUCAAACUGAACGCAAUCUGCAAAUUGGCGCUAGUUCUCCAUUUAGACAUCCACUUCUUAAAUUCCUUUUGUGUUAUCCAACACCAACAAUUAAUUUCCUCCUUUCUCAUAUAAAGGAUGACUUAUGGAGUAAAUAUUUAGAAUAUCUUAUUAAACAUGAGGAAGGAAAGCUUUUCCGGGAGGUUUUGCAGAGUGCCAGCGGUGUUGAUAAACUAAUUGCUAUGGCAUUGGCCACAUUUAACCUCAAUGAAAAUUUAACUCAAGAAGAACGAUAUGAAUUACAGUACCAGAGUAUAAGGAUUGUUUCAUUGUUGGUCAAAUUUGAUGAUCAAUGGCUCUCUUCAAUAAAUCAGUUAGCUUCGACCUACAUUCAUAUUUGGUGUAGUGACCAAUAUUUGACUCGCCACAAAAAUAUAGAAAAUGUUUCUCACAUUCAUUGGAAAGAAUCUAAACUAAUAGUCAAAAUAUUGCUUAAUUACUUCAGUCAUCACCCUACAAACAUAGACCUUCUUUUUCAAAUUUUGAGAUGCUUUACGGAAAGAUUGCUGCCUGACUUCCAGUUUGUACGAGAUUUCUUGGAUACAACUGUUGCUCAGGGCUACACUGUGGAAUGGAAAAGAGCAGCAUUUUUCAGAUUUGUUGAAUUGUUUCCUGUUUCAAUUCAACCGAAUUCAACAAUGUUGUCUCAAGAAUUAAAAGCUAAAGUCCUCCAAUUUAUUAUAAUCCCUUGUUUUGCAGUUUGUUUUGAAAGGGGAGAAACAAAUAAGCUUAUAGGAGGACCGCCAGCACCAAAUAUGGAUUCACCUGAAAAUAUUGUAUCUGUAUUUAUAAAUAAAUUAAUAGAUCCAGACAAUCCAUUUGGCCAAGGAGACUCGGUCAGAAUUCUUCUACUUCAAUUGUCCUGUUUACUUGUUGACCAGGCACUAGCUCAUAUCCAUGACACUGCCAAUCAAGGUUCGAAACUAAGACGAUUGAUGACAUUUGCCUGGCCUUGUCUCCUUACCACUAACUGUGUUGAUCCAGCCACAAAAUAUCACGGCCAUCUCCUUUUUGCUCAUAUUAUUGCUAAAUUGGCCAUUCAUUCUCCGCCAUACAAAAGAAUAGUAUUGCAAGUUUUUCGAACGCUACUUAAGGCUCAUGCUGUCGAAGUUCGUCCUGUAGUUCGACAAGCCUUGGAAAUUCUUACUCCAGCUAUGCCUCUCCGAAUGGAUGAUGGUUAUACAAUGUUGACUCAUUGGACAAAAAAAGUCAUUGUGGAAGAAGGACAUUCUAUGCAACAAUUGUUCCAUAUUUUGCAAUUGGUUGUGCGACAUUACAAUGUAUUUUAUCCUGUUAGACACCAUCUUCUUCAGCAUAUGGUCAAUGCAUUGCAGAGAUUAGGUUUUAGUGCUUCAUCAACUUUAGAACAUAAAAAGCUCGGUUGUGAGUUAGCUGAGGUUAUUAUAAGAUGGGAACUUCAGCGUAUUAAAGAUGAAUCACAGAGUUCUCAGGACGCUACAGAUAUUGGUGUGAAGAGGCUCUCAUUAGAGGAUUCUGAUCAAAUGAGAAAGAAAGGUCCAGCCGUUGUUGCCACUGGAAAGAACGACCCUGAUGCAUUAAAACCAUUGGAUAAAAACCAUGCUGAUAUUUUGAUAAACUUUCUAAUGCGCCUCGCUUGUUCUGUAAAUGAGGCUAAUCCAGUUGCAGCUGGUAUGGCAGCUCCAGGUGAAAUUUUAUCAAGGCGAUGUUACAAUCUUGUGAGAACAGCUUUGAAACCUGAUGUUUGGCCACAAUACACAAUUGAUUUUAAACUUCCUUGGCUAGAAAAAUUAUUCUGUUCUGUUGACAGUGCUGAACAAAACUUAGGCAAUAUAAGCAUUGGUCUGGAACUGUUUACUUUAGCUCUAUCUGUUAUGAAAGAAGACCAUGUUCUUGCAACUUGUAAAACACUUCAGAAAGGUCUAAAUGCUUGUAUUUCAAGCUCAAAUAAUAAGAUUAUUCGUUUGACUCAUGCACUACUUACUAGACUAAUGAGUAUUUUCCCUACUGAACCAUCAACUUCCUCAGUAUCCUCGAAAUAUGAAGAAUUAGAAUGUAUCUAUUCUUCUGUUGGAAGGGUAAUCUUUGAAGGAUUGGGAAAUUAUGAAACCAACACAAACAGUAACUCUAGCUGCUUAUUCGGAACGAUUAUGAUGCUUAAGGCUGCGUGUAGUAGUAACCCGAGUUACGUAGAUAGGCUUAUUGCCCCAUUUGUGAGGGUUAUUCAUCGAAUGAGUCGAGAACAUUUGACUGCUACUGCAGCAGAUGCCUCACCUGGUACAAGUGAUCUACUUAUUCUGAGCUUGGAUCUUGUAAAAAAUAGAAUUUCUUCUAUGAACGGGGAUACUAAAAAAACAUUUAUUGGUUCAAUAUUAGUCGGAUUAAUUGAAAAGUCUCCAGAUAUCAAAGUUAUGAAAGCAAUCUGUAAAAUGGUAGAAGAAUGGAUAAAAAAUACUAAAUCUCUGACUGGUCCUAGUUUAAGAGAAAAAUCUAUUCUUCUUGUUAAACUAAUGCAAUAUGUAGAGAAAAGAUUCCCCGAUUUAAAUACUCAAUUUUUGGAACUUGUUAACUUCAUAUAUAGGGAAGAAGCUUUCAAAGCUACAGAACUUAUUCCGAAGUUGGAACCUGCAUUCUUAGCUGGAUUACGUUGUACCAAUCCCCAAAUAAGAGCUAAAUUUUUUAAAAUAUUUGACAGCUCGAUGAGGCGAAGGCUUCAUGAUAGGUUAAUGUAUAUGGUUAGCUCUCAGAACUGGGAGGCUAUGGGACAGAAUUAUUGGAUAAAGCAAUGCUUAGAACUAGUAUUAGUAACUGCUGAAGAAAAUUUCUAUACACAACUGUCCCCUGAUACACCAUUGUUGGAGAGUGUUUCAAGUGUUAUUGAAAUGAGCAGUAAAUCAGAUAAAGAAAAGUUUAGCUUAUUUCCGUAUAUUAAAAGUGAGCAAAUGGAUACAGAAGAUUCUGUAAAUGAGAAUCCUGAAAGUAUUGAAGCUUUUGUUACUCAGCAUUUCCAUCUGGCUAAACUACAAAAGAAAAAUCAAGUUUGUAGUUUCCUGAACUGUGUUGUUCAGUUAUGUCAUAUUGAUAUUCCUUUAGCUGAAAGAGUCUGGAUUGACUUAUUUCCAAGAAUCUGGUCAAUACUUUCAGAAAGGCAGCGGACUUCUCUUUCUGGCGAAAUGCUACCUUUCUUGGUGAGUGGAAUCCAUGUUAAUCAAAAGGAUGUACAUCCUAGUGCAGUUAGUACAUUGUAUGAGGGACUUUCAUUAUGUAAUCCACCCGUUCAAGUUAGACCUCCUGUAAUGUCUUAUCUGGCUAGAAAUCAUAAUUUAUGGCAUCGAGUAACACUUGGCUUGGAGAAAUUAGUAGCAGAUCAGGCAAACACGGCUUUGCAAAACAAAAUUAAACGAGAUCUUGACUGUUAUGACUUUGAACCAGAUGAUACACGUCAACAGUCUGCAGUUGAACAGUUGUGCGACAUGUAUUGCCAGCUGCAAGAAGAAGAUAUGUGGUGUGCAUUGUGGCAAAAACAUGCUCGAUAUAAAGAAACAUGCAUUGCAUUAGCAUAUGAGCAGCAGGGGUUUUUUGAACAAGCAUUAGGUGCUUGGGAAUUAGCUAUUGGAAAAGGGCGUCAUGAUUAUACAAAUACUCCUGCACCGGUUAGUAUGAUUCAGGAAGAAAAGCUUUGGGAAAACCAAUGGAUAAGGUGCUCAAAAGAACUUAAUCAGUGGGAUCAUUUAUUAGAUUAUGCCAAGACAAAAGGCCAUAUUAAUCCGUACCUCAUACUUGAGAGUGCUUGGAGAGUUCCAGAUUGGAAGUUGAUGAAAGAAGCCAUUGCACAUGUUGAGACAUGCUGUCCUAAGGACACAAGUUGGAAGGUCCAUUUAUAUCAUGGAUUUUUAACUAUUUGUCAUCCUGAAGAGCAGCAUCUCCCAAUCGUGGAAAGAUACGUAGAACUAGCGAGUUCUCUUUGCAUGAGAGAGUGGAAAAAGCUUCCACAUAUUGUUUCUCAUAUACAUCUCCCUUAUCUUCAAGCUGCUCAGCAGAUUAUGGAACUUCAUGAGGCUUGCCAGAUACAUCAAGGUUUGCUUCAUGAGAGAAACAAUUCUCUUCAUGAUAUGAAAGCUAUUGUUAAGACUUGGAGGAAUCGGUUACCUAUCAUAGCCGAUGAUCUAAGUCACUGGAGUGAUGUAUUUACUUGGAGGCAGCAUCAUUAUCAAUUCAUUACAUCACAUUAUGAUUCACAGCACGAUCAAGGAACAACACAUAGCACAUUUGGAGUUCAUGCUUCUGCACAAGCUAUUAUACAUUUUGGAAAGAUCGGAAGAAAACAUAAUUUAACUGGAGUCUGUUUAGAUUCUCUAUCCCGUAUAUACACCAUACCUUUUGUACCAAUAGUUGAUUGUUUUCAAAAAAUACGACAGCAAGUAAAGUGCUAUGUCCAAAUGGCUCAGUUGACUGGGAAUAAAGAACUCCAGGAAGGCUUAGAGGUAGUGGAAUCGACUAAUCUUAAAUACUUCUCAAAAGAAAUGACUUCAGAAUUUUAUGCUCUUAAAGGCAUGCUUUUAGCACAGAUUGGUCGCCAUGAUGAUGCCAAUAAGGCAUUUUCUGCAGCUGUACAAUUCCAUGAUACACUCGUCAAAGCCUGGGCUUUAUGGGGCGAUUUCAUUGAGUCUCAGUUUACCAAAUCAAGCUCUCCAGAAAUUAGUGCUGGAAUAAAUGCAAUCACAUGCUUUUUGCAUGCUUGCCGUCAUCAGAACGAGUCAAAAUCUAGGAAGUAUCUUGCUAAGGUCCUAUGGCUGCUAACUUAUGAUGAUGCUAAAUUUUCAUUGACCGAAGCAGUAGAAAAAUAUGUAGUAGGUGUGCCACCAGUUCAGUGGCUUCCAUGGAUUCCUCAGUUACUUACUGGAUUGAUGAGGAGUGAAGGAAAAUUUCUGUUAAAUCUUUUAAGUCAGGUCGGUCGCAUGUUCCCACAAGCUGUAUAUUUUCCUAUUCGAACACUUUACUUAACAUUGAAAAUUGAACAGAUGGAACGUUAUAAAAGUGCAGAAUUAGCUGGAAAACAGAACAACCAAUCGAAACCUGAACAAAUGCAAGGAAGCUCUACCGAGAGCACUGGCCAGCAGCUGCGUGCUACCUCAUCCAUGUGGAGGUGCUCAAGAAUCAUGCAAAUGCAACGUGACAUUCAUCCUACAGUAAUCUCUUCAUUGGAGGGAUUUGUUGAUCAGAUGGUAUGGUUUCGAGAAAGCUGGCAUGAGGAAGUACUUAGGCAGCUACGGCAAGGUCUUGCUAAGUGUUAUGUUAUCGCAUUUGAAAAUAGAGGUGCUGUUUCUGAAGCUACCAUUACACCCCAUACUCUUCAUUUUGUCAAGAAGCUAGUAUCAACUUUUGGAAUAGGAAUAGAAAACAUAGGCAGUUCAGUUAAUUCAACACUAAGUAGUUCAGCAUCAGAAAGUAUUGCUAGAAGAGCAGAAGUAACUAUUCAAGAUCCUGUUUUCCAAAAAAUUAAAGUUCAAUUUAGUGCUGACUUCGAUUUUAGUGUACCAGGUGCUAUGAAACUUCAAAAUUUUAUUAGUAGAAUGAAAAAAUGGAUCAAAAUUCUUGAGGCUGAAACAAAACUUAUGUCAAAGUCAUUCCUGAUUGAAGAAAAAUGUCGAUUUUUAAGCAACUUUAGUUUACAAACAGCUGAAAUUGAACUUCCAGGAGAAUUUUUACUUCCAAAGCAUUCCCACUACUAUGUACGAAUAGCACGAUUCAUGCCAAGAGUUGAGAUUGUGCAGAAACAUAACACAGCAGCUAGAAGGUUAUUUAUUAGAGGCCAUAAUGGUAAAAUUUAUCCCUAUUUGGUUGUUAAUGACUCCGGUCUUGGUGAUGCAAGAAGGGAGGAACGAGUAUUGCAACUGUUACGAAUGUUAAAUCAUUAUCUUGGAAAACAGAAGGAAACUUCGAGAAGAUUUUUGCAUAUGACGGUCCCUCGAGUAGUUGCUGUAUCACCACAAAUGCGGCUAGUCGAAGAUAACCCAGCCUCAAUAUCCCUUCUCGAUGUGUAUAAAUCAUCCUGUCACAUGCUUAAUAUUGAACAUGAUGCUCCUAUUACAAAAUAUUAUGAUCGCUUAGCUUCUGUCCAGUCUCGAGGAAUGCAAGCAAGCCACCAGAUUCUUAAAGAUAUUUUGAAGGAUGUUCAAACUGCAAUGAUUCCCCGUACUUUACUAAAGGAUUGGGCUCUGCGAACAUACCCUUCCCCUACAGACUUCUGGACUUUUAGAAAAAUGUUUACUCUUCAACUAUCUUUAGCCUGUUUUUGCGAAUAUAUACUGCAUUUGACCAGACUAAAUCCUGACAUGUUAUACAUACAUCAAGAUUCUGGAUUGUUGAAUAUAUCUUAUUUUAAAUUUGAUGUUGAAGAUACAAAAGGAGAACUUGAUGCCAACAGGCCAGUCCCAUUCAGGUUGACACCUAAUAUCCAAGAACUUGUUUCUGAAAUAGGUGUUAGCGGACCUCUAACUGCUAGCAUGAUCGCAUCAGCAAGGUGUUUCGUUUACCCCAAUUUUAAAGUCACUAGUAUUUUACGUGCGAUCUUAAGAGAUGAAAUGAUAUUUGCUCAUAAAAAGAAACAAGAAGAACAACAUGAGAGUAUCGGUUCACCUCCAGCUGACGUUGCUGGAGAACUGAUCAUCACACUUGUAAAUCAUGCUGUUAAUUCUAUAACACAAAGACUCAAUAGCCUAGCAAAUUUUGAGGGCACUGAAAGCAAGGUCAGUACCCUAGUUGUAGCUGCUAAAAGUCCUGAUAACCUUUGUCGAAUGGACCCAGCCUGGCAUCCUUGGUUGUAAUUGGUUUUAUAAAAUAUGUUUAAUUAUUUUUGACAGUCACUAUAACUUAAUGUAUAUAUUGAAUUUUUGUAAAUCUUUGUUUAUCAAUAUAUGGUCGAAUGUAUAUGUUCUGUGAAUAUUAUAAUUUAUCUAUCCUGUAAGUUAAGGAAAUUAUCUGUAACUGUAUAUUGAUGUAAAUUUAAAAUAUUUUAUCUAUUAUUGUAUUUUAACUAUGAGACUGUUUAAUUGUUAGUUCAGUUCAAAUGCUUUGUCUAUUUAAAUUGACUGUAUUAUGUAUUAUAAAAUUCUCCUUUUUUUAUGCAAAUAUAGCCUAUUUUACAAUGAUCAUUUUAUCUCAUUUCUUUAUUAAAAGGGAACGUUAAAAAAAACAACAAUGUGAUAUUUUAAAUUAAAUUUAUUUAUUAAAUAUAAAAACCUAAUAAAUACACAACGUGGAAUUAAUAAAAGAAGAUAACUUUUUCAGUCAUACAACUCAGUUGCAAUACUGCUUUUCUCAUUUCAGUGAGUAUACCCACCCCAACUUUUUUUUUUUUUUAUAAGUACAACAUAUAUCAACAAUCCCAAGUACCUAUAUACGGCCAUUUUACUUUACAGUCUUAAACUAUAAAUUAUAAUUUUGAUGGAAGUCAUGCUCCUAACUUAGCUUUUAGAUUUUCAGCUAACUUAUUUAGAAAUUCAAAUGUUUCCAAAUAAUCAGAUCUAUUUACAUUAGUCAUUCCUUUAAUGCAAAUAGCUAAAUCUUUUGUCAUAAAUCCAGAUUCUAUAGUUUCAAUGCAUACAGCUUCUAAGGUUUCAGCAAAAUUUUGUAGUUCCUUAUUAUUAUCAAGUUUUGCUCUAUGUAACAGCCCUCUUGUCCAAGCAAAUAUUGAAGCAAUGGGAUUUGUUGAUGUUUCUUGACCUUUUUGAUAAAAUCGAUAAUGCCGUGUAACUGUUCCAUGAGCUGCUUCAGCUUCUACAGUUUUUCCAUCUGGACAAAUCAAUACUGAAGUCAUAAGACCCAGAGAGCCAUACCCUUGAGCAACAGAAUCUGACUGGACGUCACCAUCAUAAUUCUUACAAGCCCAGACAAAUCCCCCUUCGGAUUUCAUCGAAUAUGCAACCAUGUCAUCUAUAAGCCUAUGUUCAUACCAUAUAUUAUUGGCUUCAAACAAAGCUCUAUAUUCUUUCUCAUAAAUUUCCUGAAAAAUAUCUUUAAACCGCCCAUCAUACUUUUUCAGUAUUGUGUUUUUUGUACUUAAGUAUAGGGGAUAUCCUCUAUCUAGUGCAAAUUUAAAAGAAGAAUGGGCAAAGUCACGAAUAGACUCAUCAGUAUUAUACAUUCCUAAGGCUACACCUGGACCUUUAAAUUCAUGCACCACUUUUUCAAUGCGCUCUUCCCCCGAACCUUCUGGAAUGAAAGAUAAAACCAACUUUCCUUUAGCGGGAACUAAAAAGUCUGUUGCUUUAUAUUGGUCAGCAUGAGCAUGUCUUCCAAUUAUAAUAGGCUUUAACCAGCCUGGGACUAACCGUGGAAUAUUUUUACAAAUAAUGGCCUCUCUGAAAACAGUUCCACCCAAAAUAUUUCUGAUUGUACCAUUUGGAGAUUUCCACAUUUGUUUCAAGUUGAAUUCUUCAACUCUUUUCUCAUCAGGUGUUAUGGUGGCACACUUUAUUCCUACAUUGUACUUUUUGAUGGCUUCUGCACAGUCUAUUGUAACUUGAUCAUUGGUUUUGUCUCUGUUUUCAAUUCCCAGAUCAUAAACAUGAAGCUCAAUGUCUAAAAACGGUAAAAUGAGCUUCUCUUUAAUAACAUCCCAAAUAAUCCUUGUCAUUUCAUCACCAAGUACAUCCACAACUGGUCCUGCCUUAAUUUUUUUCAUUGUAAAAAUAUUUCUUGAUCCUAAAAUAAGUAUUCAUUAAUUAAUAAUAUUUUAAAAAUAAAUUAUAUAAUUUUUACACAAUUAACAUACAGCUUCUGAGUUACAUAACUUUAUCGGAGAAAUUUAAAAGGAAGGUUGCUCACCUACAACUAUAACUACUAUCCUCUUCCACCUAUUCCUCAAGACUGACCGUGAUAUGGGAACAUCGAACCUAGUAGCCGACCAUCUUAAUAAUAAUGGCAGAGAAAACAUAAACAUAAAUUAACUACUUAAAAAUUAAUUCUGUAAGUAGUUUUAAAACUACAGCCCUUUUCACUCCUGUUUAUAGAUUAAAAAAUAUUUAACAUUUUUUUGCCUAAUUGAACAACAAUUGUACAACAAUAUAUUGCUAAGCUAUAUAUACAGGUUAGCAAAGUUAUUUAUUGUUAAUACAAAAAAAAAAAUGUUUUGUUUGAUUCAGAAAUAAGAACUUUUCACUGGUUUUGUAUGCAAU